AGAGAAGAGACAGUAAGGAGAGGAGAAGAGAGGUAGUGGAGACAGAGAUCUGGGGAUAGAAUAGAAUAAGAGAGACUUCCAGGUGACAGACAAGAAAGGAGGAAGAGAGAGACAAAGAGAGGAGGUGGUGGGAAGAGUCAGGGGAGGAAUAGAAGGAAAUCACAGAGAGAAGAAGGAGUGAAGAUCUGGAGAGAGCGGGCACUGGGGAGGGUGGAGGAGAAGAGGGGCAGAUGGCAUGAAGCGGGCAUGCCCAGGGGUAACUGAGGGCACAGGCUGCUUGUUAAAACACCAAGGAAAGUGCAAAGCAGGAGGUGUGAGGGCAGAGACAGCAGACACAGAGGGAAGGCUGACGGAGGGAGGGGAGGAGGGGGAGGAGGUCUCUUUUCACAAAGCCCCUCCAACCGCAGAGGGAGAAGGAAAGGAGAGAGCAGCGAUGGGGACAAAGAGAGGAAGAGAGUGAUGGAGAGAACAGCACAAUGGCCACGUAAGACGAGCCCGGGGCCAGGAACCCAGCCAUGGGGGAGACGCACUUGAGCAUCACGUAGAAGAGACCGCUGGGGAGCCUGAGACUGAAGCGACGGACCCUGCCACUGCGUGCCGGACGGCCGGACCCUGGAGGGAUCUCACAAGAAGACAGCCGGAUGAAACGUUGCCGCUUGAGGAUGAGUGUGAGACGGCAGGAGAGGCAGAGAGACAGCCAACAUCGCCUUUGCACAAGAAAGAGACUGCUGGCGGCUGGACCGUAGGGUGACAGCUCCAUGCAUGGUCCCCAUCUCAGGACACCUCCCACCGAUGUGACUCACCCCACCCUAGGACCAACGAUAAGGCUCUGUACAUGGAAUUGGCUUCGUAAUACGGAUUUGUGAAGAACAAUCACACCUGGACAUACAAUCCGUAUCUCCUCCUGGGGACAUGACCGCCACUAUGCAAACCCUUCCCUUCAAGCAGUUUGCUCCGGAGGAUUGGCCACCACAAUGCGAGCAGGAGAUCGAGAGGAGGUACCAGGUGGUGCCCUCUGUGGUCUGUGCCAUGUGCUGCCUUUUCGGGAUCAUCUACUGCUUCUUUGGUUACCGCUGCUUUAAGGCUGUCAUGUUCUUGACAGGUCUGAUGUUUGGCUCGGUGGUCAUCUUCAUGCUCUGCUAUAAGGAACGGGUUCUGGACACGCAGCUGAGCGUGGAAGCCAGCGUUGGCAUUGGCCUGGGCAUCGGUGUCCUUUGUGGACUGGUAACCAUGCUGGUGAGGAGCGUUGGACUGUUCAUGGUGGGCUUGCUGCUAGGGCUGCUGCUUGCCAUAGCAGGGCUAAUCGUCAUGGAACAGUUCUACCACCCGCGCACCGUCUGGGUUCCGGUGGCGCUUCUGCUCGGGAUUGGGAUGCUGUUUGCCGUGUUGACCUUACAGUGGCAGCGCUUCUUCACCACACUCUCCACUGCCGUCUUUGGCAGUGCCAUCAUGACUGUGACUGUGGAUUACUUCAUUGAGCUCUUUCUUCUAGUGCAGUACGUGUACCAGCGCAUGAAGGUUGACCCUCCACAGCCCGUCUGCUGGUAUAGCUGGGUCAUCCUCGGGAUCUGGCCUGUGCUCAGCUUACUGGGGGUACUCGUCCAGUGGAAAGUCACGGCAGAGGGAUACUCACACACAGAAGUUAUCAUUAGUCGGCAGCAACGUCGGGUCCAGCUCAUGAAAAUAAAACAGAGAGAGGAGCGCAAGGAGAAAAAGAAGAGGAAGAAGAAGCCCCACCACCAUCAUCCUCAUCCUCAGCACAAAACACCACAUCCACCCGAGCCUGCCUUCCGGAGGAAGCCCACCCCUAUCCGCCGAUUUGAUGGCGAUGUCAUUUCCCCAAGCUACAUUCAGAGUUUCAGAGACCAGCAGUCGGGUUCUUCCCGAGGCCGGAUCACUGGAGCUCACACGGUGGUGGACCUGGACUAUGACUGUGGAUCCCGCGUGCCGCUGACAGCGGGAGCGGCGUCGGCUGUCCGGGUAUAACACAGAAUGAAGAAAGCGGGGAGGAAUGGUAGGAAGAAAAACAAAUAUUGGGGUCAGUCCGACACUCAGGCAUUGCGCUGUAAGAACUCCAUCAGGGAGAUCCAUCACCCAUCGCAACAUUCCAACAACUGUGCCGGCACAACGAGGAGCAUCAGGGCCCUCCAUAAACUGCGUCCACUCUGCAUUGACUCCCACCUACCUCUCUACAGUCACUCAUCACAUAGCCAUUCCUACCUACCUCCCUGCACUGCUACUUCAAGACCUCUCCCUAUGUGGGCCUUCUCCAAACCCUUCUGUCUUCGAGACUGAAUCCACUGGAUGACCGAGCCAGGCAGUACGCUUUUGUGCCUACACCCCCCCCCCCCCAUCGAGUUUCGUCUCCAAGCUUCUGCUUUCCUGAGCCUAUUACAAUGUCAUCUGCUGGCCAAGUAUAGUAACUCCGGGGCAUGUUUUUUAUUUCAGUGUACAAACACAGACUUGUGUACAUGGUGUAUAUUCUGCAGAAAACGAUCAAAGUUAUAAGAAGACUCAUAACUUGAAGGAUCCAACAGGAGAGACGAAAAAAAAAAAAACUUCAUUUCAGGAAAAAAAAGCCACAAGACUGAUUUGGUCGGUUGUAUUAGACUUUUCUGGAACUUUUCAAUGGGUGAUUUUUAAAUUAUUGUUAUGGGUGGGGGAGGGUGGCAGAACGUGGCGUUUUUCAGGUGCGUGUUGCCGUGUGGUUGUUGGUGAGGGGACAUCACCAAAAA